AUGUGAUUUCCUUAUCAGUUUUUCUCUCUAUAGCAAUACUUUAUCAUUUCUUGCUUCCUCUUUCUUCCCCUCUUCUCUAGCUCUCUCUUUUUGAUUUUUUGUCUUUGAGCUAUAAUAACCUUUUGUCCUUUUUAACCAAGUGCCCUACAAAUUAAGGGCAAGUUGUAUGUUCACGACUGGGGUUUUGGGGUUACUGUGUUUCUGUUUGUAUCUUUGUGCCCUAAAGUUACACAAUCGGAAGCAAAGAGCAUGAAGGAGAGUGGAAGAAAGCAAGGAGCACCUUCACCAUGUGCAGCAUGCAAGCUGUUAAGGAGAAGGUGUGCUCAAAAUUGUCUUUUCGCUCCUUAUUUUCCUGCAGAUGAGCCCCAGAAAUUUGCCAAUGUGCACAAGGUUUUUGGUGCCAGCAAUGUCAACAAGAUGCUCCAGGAAUUGCCUGAGCAUCAAAGGGGAGAUGCAGUGAGUAGCAUGGUGUAUGAAGCAAAUGCAAGAGUGAGAGAUCCGGUAUAUGGAUGCGUUGGGGCAAUUUCAUCACUUCAACAGCAAAUUGAUGCACUUCAAACCCAACUGGCGCUGGCUCAAGCUGAGGUGGUUCACCUCCGAGUUAGGCAAAAUGUAUCCUUUUCAAACCAUGGCUACGACCCGGCUAGCCCUAGCAACAGCACUGGCUCGCCCUCCUCCAAGCUCAUGUCUUCUCACCACCACCAUCAACCCAAGCCUCUCUAUGACAUGGAUAUGGUGGUGGGACAAUCUCAUUAUGAUGAGUCAAUGUGGACAUGCUAGCUCAACAUGCCACUGCUACUAUAUAUUAUUAAUUAUAUAUACCAAUAUAUAUCCAUUUUCUGAUGUGAACUUUUGUGCUUUUAUUAUUAUAAUGAAAGUACAGACGUCAGGAUAUGAGAAAAAUUAUAUAUUUAGGUAAAUUUUGAGUAAUGUUUAAGUUUCCUUCUAUAUUUCUAAGUCUUAUUAUUAUGUGUAAUGUUAUGUGUGCUCAGUUUUAAGUAUUCAAUUGGGUAAUUAGAUAAUGUAUCACCAUGUGAUUAGGUAUUAUUUUAUCUUUAACUCAAAAUCAUCAAAUCACAUGUUAACAUGUCAUCUAAAUGCCCAAUUAUAUAUUCAAAACUGAAUACACAUAAUUUUACUAGAUCAUCAUACAUCGGUAGAGCUAGCUAGUUGUGGCGUAGUAACUUCGCAGUUGUGUUGGUGAAAAGCUUUUAGCUACUUUGGUUUGGAGAAAGAUCUUCUCAGUAACUAUACUAUGUAAAUUAUAACUUCAUAUUUAUAUAUAGUGAGUUAUGUUGUUAUA